CUGUCCCUACCUGGCCCGCAAACUGACCCUCGCCAUCCCCAUCAUCGCUGCCAUCCUCUUCUUUUUCGUCAUGAGCUGCCUGUUGCAGACGAGUUUCACCGACCCCGGGAUCCUGCCCCGGGCCACUGUCUGUGAAGCAGCUGCCCUGGAGAAGCAGAUCGACAACACGGGCAGUUCUACAUACCGGCCGCCCCCUCGGACCCGGGAGGUGGUGAUCAACGGGCAGGUGGUGAAGUUGAAGUACUGCUUCACCUGCAAGAUGUUCCGGCCACCCCGGACCUCGCACUGCAGCGUCUGUGACAACUGCGUGGAGCGGUUUGACCAUCACUGCCCCUGGGUGGGCAACUGUGUGGGCAGACGGAACUACCGCUUCUUCUACGCAUUCAUCCUCUCCCUCUCGUUCCUGACGGCCUUCAUCUUCGCCUGCGUGGUCACCCACCUGACGCUGCGUUCUCAGGGAAGCAACUUCCUCUCCACUCUGAAGGAGACACCAGCAAGCGUGCUGGAGCUGGCCAUCUGCUUCUUCUCCAUCUGGUCCAUCCUGGGCCUCUCAGGGUUUCACACUUACCUCGUCGCCUCCAACCUGACAACCAACGAGGACAUCAAAGGCUCCUGGUCCAGCAAGAGGGGCGGCGAGGCCUCUGUCAACCCCUACAGCCAUAAGAGCGUCAUCACCAACUGCUGUGCUGUGCUCUGCGGCCCCCUACCUCCCAGCCUCAUCGACCGGAGGGGGUUUGUGCAGUCUGACACCGUGCUGCCCUCGCCCAUCGGAAGCAAUGAGCCGGCCUGCAGAGCCAAGCCUGAUGCCAGCAUGGAGGACACCUGUCAGGACUUUGCCAUCUCCUGCACAGCCUGAGCAGCUAACAGGCCUCUUUGCAGAGGGUUAGCUGGUAAGACCGGUCUCCCGUGGGCCAGCACACACGGUGGGUCCUCACCGCAUGCCGCACCAAGCCCCUAGAGCCGAUUCAUUUGCCGGUGUGUAGUGUGGUAUGUGUGCUGGCUGUGCCAGGGCCCCCCGGGCUCCCCCCAAGCAGAAGGAUCGGGUUAGGGGCAGCCCAAGACUCCAGCCCUGUCUGGACAGAAGAGGGAACUUCAAGCUGAGAGCUCUGGGG